UUGUUGUAGGGGGCGUGGGUGUGAUGGAUGUGAGCGUGUUGGUCUUGGGGGAUGGAUAAUGAACAGCCCCACCAGGAAUUGGUCAAGUGCGUCGUGGUCGGCGAUACUGCUGUCGGCAAAACAAGAUUAAUAUGCGCCAGAGCAUGCAACAAACAGGUAUCAUUGGCUCAGCUGUUGGCGACCCACGUGCCGACAGUAUGGGCCAUCGACCAGUACCGGAUCUACAAGGACGUGCUAGAGCGCUCCUGGGAAGUGGUGGACAGUGUCAACGUCAGCUUGCGGCUCUGGGACACUUUCGGCGACCACGAGAAGGACCGCAGGUUCGCUUACGGACGAUCCGAUGUGGUGCUGUUAUGCUUCAGCGUGAACAGCCCGGUGAGCCUUCGCAACUGCCGUCUGAUGUGGUACCCGGAGAUCCGGCGGUUCUGCCCGUCCACGCCCGUGCUGCUGGUCGGCUGCAAGAACGACCUGCGGUACAUGUACCGAGACGAAGCCUACCUCAGCUACUUCAGAGACCGCAGCCCGUUCGUCAGGGCCACCAGGAAAUCGGACCUCGUCAUGCCCGACGAGGCAAGGGAUGUCGCCAGGGAGCUGGGGGUUUUUUAUUACGAGACUUCGGUACUUACCUACUAUGGAGUUAACGAAGUGUUCGAGAACGCCAUUAGGGCGGCCCUAAUCGCUAGAAGGGCGCAGCGUUUUUGGAUGACUAACUUGAAAAAAGUCCAGCGGCCUCUACUUCAGGCACCGUUCAAGCCUCCGCCCCCUCCAAAACCGGAAGUCCACAUAUCUCCAAGCUCGUACACGGAACACCUGCGCCAUCUGUGGCUCAGUAGAGCGCACACCGACAUCGUACUCGUCGUCGGAUCCAUGGGAUUCCCCGCUCAUCGAUUCAUUCUAGCUGCCAGCAGUAGAGCCUUCUACAGGCUUCUGACGGCCGACUUGAUGGCUCGUAGCACAAGCGAUUCGAGCAUGGUGAGUUCACUAGGAGACUUCGCUGAUGAGACGGAGUGCCUGGUGAAGGCUGAACAGAAGACCUGCAAGAGGAGAGCCAGCUGCCAAGCACUACCGACUGCCAGGGAGUUGGAUCACCCCGCAUUUCAAUGCAUAAGAAUCGUACAACCAGAAGGGCAAACCGUAGUAACAUUAAGCAAAUUGGUCACUCCUGGAGCAAUGCAACAAUGUCUACAGUUUGCAUAUACCGGUACUGUUGAUAGGAGUGUGUUAAAUUUGAGGGAGACCUGCGAGGCGGCCGAGUUCCUAGAACUCCCCCAACUCUUAGUCCUGCUGACCAAGCACCCGUUCAUCGCUCCCGACUCGCCGCGUGGGGACGCAGGUGCAACAGGUGAUCGCACCACCUCCUACGAUGUCUGGCUGUGCCGCAGGCUGCAGGACGUCUGCCUGGAGCAAGCACUCUUCCCUGACGUUGUUUUCGAGCUGGACGACGGCGCAUGCGCGGCGCACAAGGCGAUGCUCGCGGCGCGGUGUGACGUCAUGAAGGCUAUGUUCAGCGGGGACUUCCGCGAGAGUCAGGCCAAGGUGAUCGAGUUCCCUGGCGUUCGAGAAUACACUUUCCACAAGCUGCUGUGCUUCCUGUACACAGACGAGGUACCGGCCGUAUCAGCAGUCAGAUGCGUCAAUCUAUUAGAAUUAGCCAACAGACUGUGUCUGCCCAGACUUGUGAAUCUGGUCGAGAAAAGGGUCAUCGAGGAUUUGGAAAGGCUACAGCCACAGGAGGCCAUCGAACAGUGUUUGAGGCUACUGGAGCCUGUUAAGUUGCACAAUGGUCAUCAACUAGCCGAUUGGUGUAUGAAUCACCUAUGCGUCAACUACAACAAACUCUGCCGAAUGUCACCUCGAAGUUUACGACUGUUACAUCCCGAUAAUCAGGCGUAUCUUGUGGAGCAUCGAUGGCCUCCAGUAUGGUACCUGAAAGACUACGACUACUACCAGAAAUGCCUGGCAGAACGCGAUAAAGAGCUCAAACCGCAGGAUCGAAACGGUUCAGGUUGCUUGUGUUUUUCGAGAAAGUCCGAGUCCGACCCGGCAAUAUCGUCCAGUCAGCUCUGACCCGGACUAUUCCGGUUUCUGAGACCCCAUAGUCCGUGACUUCAACUUUCUUAGCACAAAUUCGUUCAUUUUUUGGUUAUCAAUUUUGGGCGGAGAUAAUGAUUUACUCAAAUUGCAAUUAUACUGCCUUCUUGCACUGUCAACCUUGGACUCUUCUAACACAUUUAUUGAUUUCUUGUUCUUGACACUCCGUAUACCCCCCAAUGAAUCCAUGGUUUAAAUCCAGUUAAUAUUCAAAGUUGAUUAACAUUUAUCUAGUGAUAUUUCAAAAUUCCCCAUAUCGAGAAAUUUGUUUUUUGUACGCUAUUGUACUCUAUUAUGUUUUGACAUAUAUUGAGGUGAGCAGGUAAUUAGCAAGUGACAUCUUUGUAUUAAAGUCUGUAGUGUUGGCAAUAAUGAAUCGGGUGAGUAAAACUCGGGACCGUAUACAGAACAUAGUCAAAAACGGUUUAUCUGGUUUUAUUCCUGCGUGUCUUGAAAUACGUAGGUACUUUUCUAAAGCGCUGUUAGGAUGUGCGUAUGAGUCCGUAGCGUAAUUGUGAGUCACUGAUCGAUAUGGGUAUUUUGAAAUGUUAGUUGAUAAUCAGCUAUACGAGGACGGUUCAAUAAGUACCCGUAUUAGAAAUGAAGACACCAUUUUUUUCAAACGUUCAAGAAAUAGAAUUUUUCGAACCCUUCAAAAUACACCUGUCUCGGUUAUGACUUCCUCGUUUGAGCUAAAUGUUUUCCCUGCGAGCUGUUUCUUCAUGUCAGGGAACAUGAAAAAGUCGCAGGGUGCCAGAUCGGGUGAAUACGAGGGGAGCGGCAGCAUUUCAUGCAGUUUGGCGGCGACAACUCCGGAUGAAUGUGCUGGUGCGUUAUCGUGGUGAAACAGCACGUCAAAUGUGGCCGUGUCUCCUUCAAUUUUUUGUCGAAGCGGUCCAAUAACUCACUAUAGUAUUGUUCAGUGAUCGUUCAUCCUUUUUCUAAAAAAUACACGAGGAUGACGCGGUUCGCAUCCCAAAAAAUCGUCGCCAUGACCUUUCAGGCCGAUGGGACCGUCUUCGCCUUCUUUGGAGCAGAUUCACCGGAAGAAAUCCAUUGUUUUGAUUGUUGCUUAAUUUCUGGUGUGUAAUGAUGAAUCCAGGUUUCAUCGACGGUAACAACUCGAAGCAAAAACUCCUUCGGAUUUCGCUUAAAUUGCUCCAAACAGUCCGCUUGUUGUCCACAGUGAGCAAUCGCGGCACCCAUCGGGCCGACAAUUUUUUCAUAGCCAACUUAUCAUGUAAAAUAUUGAUUGCCGUUCCGGUCGGCACACCUACGGCCUCUGCUACUUCGCGCACUUUCGUUCGUCGAUCAGCGAGAAUCAUGUCGUGGACUUUUUGAGUUAUUUCCUCGUUAACCACGUCUACCGAGCAUCCUGGUCGAUCCUCCUCAAAAACGGAUGUUCGCCCACGUUUAAAUUCGUUUUACCAAUAUCUAACCGUGGUCAUAGAUGGCAAAGUGUCCGCAUAAACAGCAUCCAACUUUGCUUGUAUCUCCUCCCAUGUUUUACCAUCCAAAAACAAAAAUCGAAUUACCGAACGAUACUGCUCGAAUGGCUGCCAAAUCCAAACUAACCUAUCAAUCAGUCUGAAAUGUGUUGUGCCGUCCUUUGAUAGAUGGCAGCACACGAUGAUAAGGAACGACCUCUGUCGUCAAACACUGGUACUUAUUGAACAGCCCUCGUAUUUGCUGCCAAGUUUGACGUAAUGGAGACUGGUGAAAAAGACCACCACUGACACAUACUGAACUGAAUCUGUUUGCUUUUUGUCUCUGCAUUUUGGAAAAAAUGAAAUUAAACGCACAUACACAUAUGUCAGCUUAUGAGUAGGCAACUCUAGCUUAGCGUUUUGCUAUGUGAAUCGACUGCCUUUGAAACAUGGGUUAACUGAGGUGGUUAGGGUGUUAUGGCAUCUGUGCCUUUCAUUUUUAAAAUAUAAGAAAUCGAGUAUAAACAAUUGUAGGAAGAAUUUCUCAAAAAAAAUUCAUUACAUACCCAGAUUUUCAAAAUUAGAUUCAAUAUAAAUUUUACCUAUCUCUCAAGAGUCCUGGGCACUUUUACAAUGAUUAUUAUAAAUUAUCAAUAAAGAUAGCAAAUCGACAAUCCUCACUAGAUGCGGGAAUAUUGUGCAGUAACUGAUUAGUCAUCAGAGCUUGUGUCGGAAAAUAUCUAAUAUUUAUUUGUGGUUCCUUCAGAAAAAAAGUGGUUUCUUUUUACUUCACACGCCAUUUCGAAAAUGAGACAUCAUGUUUUUUUUUUACUGUUAUAUGUCAUGUACGGCAAGAAAAAUGUCUAUAACUUGGAAAAUACUGCUCGGAUUUGGAUGAAAUUUUUACACAAGGGUACUACUAUGCCAAGUACGAAAAAUCCUUAUAGUUUUUCAAAAUCGGUCCAGUGGCAGCGGAGAAAAAGGCCAAAAACGAAAAAAGUAAAAUCACUCAGACUCAGGCACAAAAGAAUUAAGGGUCAAACAUUUUUGGGUGGGAAAACGUAGGGUAAUUGGGAGGGUACGAGGUCUGUGAAUUAAGUAAUGGAAAAGUUUUUUUUUCAUUCAAGUAUAAUUACAAUUUUAUAUUGACAGCCUCAAAAUAACUUCCUUCUAAAGCCACACUUCGAUACUGGAAUAGCCAUCAGCUGGGCGGUUACAGUCGUUUGAAUGUUUUCGACUCUCCCAAAAUGAUCCUUGGGGUGAUUUUUCAACUUGGGGAAGAGAACAAAUUCACAAGGAUCAAGUCAGGUGAGUAAGGAGGCUGAGGAGCCACAUGAAUCUUUUACCGGGCAAAAAUUCAUUUAUUGAUGUUUCUGGGUCAUAUUCAAACACCCAAGACUCGUCAUCAGUAAUGAUACGUCCCAGAAAAUGGGGGUCAUUAUCUAUCGAAUCCGAAAGGUCAUGGUACCUUUCCUGCGUAGAUUUUCGUCAACCCCAAUUUACUGGUCAAAAGGUCAAAAUCUGAAAACGGUGGUGUGGGUCAAAUUCAACUCUUUCCCGGUCAUUCUGUCAGUCAACCGACCAUCUGAUGCACAAGAUCCCGGAUUCUGUCAAUAUUUUCAUCGGUUCUUGGUUCACAUUACAGUUUCCUUCUACAAAACCGUCGAAUUAUAUCAUAUUUUAGCAAAUUUACAGAAAUACUGCGAAUGGAGGUUAACAACAUAGAAACAGACCUAAGAGUACCAACGUCCGUUCUUUUCCCACUUUAUUCUCAUAAUACAACCCCAAAAAAAUUCACCUUCAGUGGGACCCUACCAGUUACGAUGUUUUCCGAUACAUGUAUUCGGAUGCUAAGGUAUAUUUUUUUGCUAUCAUAAUACUCCUCCUGGCUUAUGCGUGAGUAAAAAUAUUUUGUUCUUAGCAAUGUGUUCUGAUUUGAUUUUUUGUACAUCGCCAAGUAAAUGUAGGUAUAAGUACGCUGCUUAAAAUGCACCAGUCCACUUUGUCCAAAAUAAUGUAAUUACGUGAUACUACUCGUGUUUCUAUAGAAAUUACUGGUUAUGGGGACUUAGAAUGCGUAAGUUUAUUUUAUUGCUAAUGGAGAUAUGGAAAGGGCAUAAGGAUUUGAAAUUUCGCACAUCAUUUCAAACAACAGAAUACGUCUCAUUGAAAUACAAACCACCAAUGAUUUAUACUUCAUUGAGAUGUUUGAACGAGAUAAUGUAUCUCAAGGGAUAUACUUUAAAAAUAUUGUUUUGAAUAUCUAUUGUAUGCAAAAUUUGUUUAAAAUGUCAAUUCUAGAAAAAUUUCCGUAAGGCAUCUUUUACAAAAAAGACAAGGUAUUUUUCACUUGUGAUAUUGGGACGAUAAGGAAUCUAGAAAAACACUUGAAACGCUAGACUUCUGUACAAAAAUAUUUGUUCGUGUGCAAUACUUUGACCGGACUCAUAAUUCAAUAUCUGCUUCGUGAAGGACAGAAUUUUUGAUAUUUUUAUUAUGUUUAAAAGACUGCAUACUAAAAAUGUACUUAUUCAAUGAGUGCAAUUUUUAUUUGGGUGUUCCAAAUUCGACCCACAAUGGGCUCUCGGAUACGGUAAAGAGAUACGAAGUCGCUUAAAUUGGGGCAAAAUUGGGAAUUUAGGUAUCUAACGAAAUGCUGCUUAGAAAGUUUCGAAAUUCAAAGUACUUCCGGAAAGAGACGGAAAUAAACGAAUUUUCUCAAAAUAUUUUUAAUUUUUCCUUGAAUUUAUUUGUAAUGGGGAUUCAAAAUAAAUUGCACAUUAACACUCUCGCUUUUUCUCUCCUUCAAGAUGGAAUAAGAAUGCCAAUAUGACGUUUCGUAUCUUGUCCUGCAGCAUCAACUUUAUUUUUUCUCAUAGAGCAAUAAUUGAUUGAGUUUUUGAUCAAAUAAAUUGUGGUUUUAAUUGUUAUUUUAAAUGUAUUAUACGUCAUACAUUCAUAUUGCCAAAUCUUAAUUUCAAGGAAAAUUUUCUAGGUAGGCUUGAAAUUAUUAUCGUGUCCUUUGUUUCGUACACUAUCUUUAUUUCUUCAUCCCUUCUUGUAGAGGAGAAAAAGUGGCAAUGUUAAUGUGCAAUUUAUUUUCAAAUUCCACUACAAAUAAAGUCAAGAAAAAAUUAAAGCGAGAUUGGUAGAAGCAGUUUUUUCUAUCUCCCUCUCCAGAAGGACUUUGAUUUUCGAAACUUUCUAAGCAGCAUUUUGUUACUUAAAUAAGCAACUUUGCCCCCAUUUAAGUGACUUCAUAUCUCUUACUUCCGUUCAAUGGACCCGGGUUCUGAGGUCGUCUAACGGACGUAUACUAGUGGUACGAUUUCAAAACAGCCGAUUGAAUCAGAUGAACAGAAAACCGAGUUUAUUAUUGCCGAAGUAUUUCUAAUAUAAGUUAGAGUCGUGAUAUAAAUGCAAUCAAAAAUUUAGAAAUACACAGGCAUAUAGUGAUGUAAGAACCAUAUCUCCAUUACAGUAUGUAUCCUCACAUAACGUGUACACGGUAGAUUAAAUGAUAUAGGACUUCGUAUGCAGGUGAUGUAGAUCAUAUGUACUGGGUAUGCUAAGUGGCCUAGAUAAAAUAAUAAUGAACAUUUGGAAGGGCAGCAAGAGCUCUAUGCAUAUCAUCCUUUUAUAUGAAAAUAUAUGCUAUCGGUUGGAAAAAACAAUUGCUCUCUAGACGAUCAUCCUAUAGGUACAACGGCUUUUUAGUAUAAAAUACCAAAAACAGUUAAUCCAAAAACAAGUUUAAAUUUUUCGAGACAACAGAUAUAGUAGAAUAUUGUGUAUUAUAAGUACAUGAUGUUUACAUGAAAUGAAAAUAUUGAUAAUAUUUCUUCAAUCAAAAGGCUUUUCUAGUAUAACUGUGAUGUAUUUCCGUAUAGAAAUUUUCUAAGCCAUAUCGGCAAAAACAGCACUUUUUAAAUACCGUUCACCAAUAUCAGCUGCAUUACAUCGUUUGCCAAAUUGAAAUGGUACAUCACCCAUUAAGAUAAAUUAAUCAUUAGGUGGACAUACUCUUUAUUUCUUUUAUUUCACUUUGUGUAUUACAUUUUGGAGUUUUUACCAAAAAAAAAUAAAAAAUCUACAUAAUUAAUGCCGUUAGGCUAAAAACUGUUUGAGGGGCCUGGGGUGAUAGAAAAAGACCUCCUCUGUCCGCCAUUUCAAUUUGGCAAACGAUGCACCAAACUCCCUGUAUUUUCAACGCAUUUUACCGCUCAUCUUAAAAGUGUCAUUGUAGAAAAAUCAAACGAAACUCCAGAGCAAAAUAUGCAUUUUUAUCUAUGCCACUUGCUUGCACAUUUUAGGCUAAUAAACCUCAUAGAAAAGCUAGACUGACCUCCUUUAUCUUAUGAAUUUAAGGAAACUUGAGGGUAAGAUCGAAAUACUGUCGCCAUUAAUUACUGCUAUAAAGAUGCUUUAAAAAAUCAUAGAUAUUUUAUCUUUCAGUUUAGAUAUUAACUAUCUUUAUAUCUUGAGGUCUCACAUAUACCACGAAACGUUCACCGUAUACAGAUAUAAAUUCAACAAGCAAUAGAUGCAACUUUGGGAAUUCGGAUUAAGUGAAAACAAUAUCUAGACGUUGGCCAAAAUUCCUUUACUGUUAAUUCUUUGUUGUUACAUAAUAGAAAAUAUGCAUGAUUAUAAUACCGUAAACGCAUAUUUUGUUAAUGAGAAUGUCUAAAGUACACGAGAUAGUUUGAAACAACAAAUAUUUUGGAACAAUCUACAAGAGGAAGCUUUUCCCAGAUCCACUAACCUUGGGCAGUUCAAAAAUCGGACUGACAAACUUUCUUUGGGAUCAUCAUAGCAGCCGCGGUGUCCCAGCAUUUAGGCUUCUGCAUGCGCGGCUGCUUCAGUAUAAAAAAAAGGUAACCGUUGUGACUAAAAACUAAAACGUUUGCAAUAAUGAACGUUUUUUCAACACAUGUGGUUUCGAUUGGCCAGAGAAAUAAGAUGGAUUAUAAAGUUAUAUGUCAUCUGUAUCAGUAGUAGACUCUUCGGUCUCCUGAUCAGUCGCCGGUGCGCUGUUGCGGGUUCGAAUCCCGUCCCAGGAGAAAUUUUUCUCUUGGCUAUGGAUGUUGUGAUUGUCCGUAGGUGGUAGACGGUAUCUGAAUGUGCGUGCAUAUUGCAUGCACACGUGUUCCCUCGCCAGAGUCCGUAUGGCGUUCCCCCUUGCCCCUGUAUCCCCUACGGCCUCACGGUACCCAUGGGUGUUUAGGCCUUAUGACUUCGUGGUGAUUGGAGUAUAAAAAACAUGCAUAUUCCCUAUCACGGGUUCAACAGUUCACAGGAAUGUUGUCCAAAAACCAAUGAAAUGUCAAAAUUUAUUAACAAAAUUGGCAAUUAUCAAUUCGCAUGCAAACAGCAUACAUCGUGGGCUCGGCUCACAGCAUCGACCCAGAAAAUUAUUGACUUUGGGCAGUUGCAUCUGGAUGUGAACAAGUUGUUGGAUGUAAUUUAGUACAUUUAUACUUUGUACCCAUUCAUCACAUAUUGAGCAUGUCUUAUCAAGAUUUUGGUGAUUGAUGAUAUACCAUAAACAACUUUGUACCAACGCCUAGGAGAUAAUCCCCAGGAAUUUUUAUAAUCACUUGAACUGAUUAUUUUUUUUGUGCCAUUUGAUUUCACUGAAGCUAAACAAUCAAAAAGUACUGAAGGUUUCAAGUACGUCGAUUAAUGAGGUGUUGAAGAUGCUCUCCUACAUCACUCUCGAAACGCAGUAUUUAAGGAGAUUUUGAACGUAUUUCAAUCAGAGUUAAUAGUUUUACGUAUUAAAUAUAAGUAUUCAAUGUAAGGGUCAAUUUUGCCAAGAUUAGGUUAGACUUAACUACCGUAUUACUGAACAUUUUUAUAAGAUGAUAAUGAGUUACAAGCAUUACAAACAUUACCGCUUCGACUUUUAAGAAAAGCAGCUCAUUUUUAUAUGCACCUUUUUGGAAUGAAUGAAUGCCAGUUUCUAAAAUAGUAUAUGCAAAAAGUAGUGUAGCUGCAUCACUCAACCCUGUCCUUUAAAAAUAACAAGUAUUUUAACCUACUUUUCAAGAAGUGUCUGGUUUAUAUAAUUAAAAUUUUCAAAUGAAGCUACCAAUGCUAUUUUAUGGAAUCUUGUUUUCUUCUUAUCUAAGUGGACAGUGUCGACAUGAUCUAAUAUGGAAAAUCAGUUGAAGUUCUAAAAACUAAAAAACUUUUGAUAGAUUCCAUGAAGUGGUUUUGAGAGUUUAAACUUAAUAAUAAGUCAUCUUUUCAUAAAAAAUCGAUCGAGUGGGGUUAUAAGGUUAUCAUAGAGAAAUUAAAAAAAAUCAAGAUAUGCCUAGAGAGUUAUAAUCAUAAUGACAUUAGGCAAAAAUGACAGAUGGCCAACACAUUGAUUUGGAUCGUGGCCCAAAGUAUAUUCCCUCAAAAAUCUUCAUGACAACCCUCCAACCUCUCUUGAUCAUCAGGUCUGUCUAGUUCUUCAAAAUGAUACCAUUCCUAUUAAACAUUUAUAUUACAUACAAAAACGUAUAAACAUCAGUGUUCUCUCUUUCAUUUACUCGAUUUUAGGACCAACUUUUUAAAGCAUUUAAAAAUGUAGAUUCUCCCUAGUGUAUAGUAAAAAUUCGUCUUGGUUUAAUCGCGUUGCUGUGUUCGUUUUGUAACUUGAAGGAAUUAGUAAUAAGAAUUUUUAGAGACUAUACUAGCGAGUGUGUUUGGACGCCGCAUUUUUUAAUUAAGAACGCAGAUGUUAAUAUACACAGAUACACUGAUAAACAUUUACAGAGCGGAUAUUUUUUUAUCUUGUACUAUCAGACAGCGUGCAUACAGCUCCUUUAUCUGCAAAAAAUAUUUUCAGUGAUUAGGAGCACUUACAGCUCUCGAACUCUUUCAAAUGCCCCAGGAUCAUUGUCUGUAUAGUAAUGGUGAAAACUGCACACUAUAUUGACUUCGAUUUGAUUAUGAACAUUUAAGGAUAAAAAAAUUCAUUCACCAAUGUAAAAAUCAAGGGAUUAAAUAACUGUAAAUUUUUUGUGAUUCAUUGCUGGGAAGAGUGGAUUGUUUGAUAUUUCAGGCACAUAUGAAUCAAAAUAUAUCAUUGCUCUAAUUUCAGUAUAUCAAUGUUAUGAGAAUACAACUUCUAUAUUUGGUAGCAGUGUAGUCUUCAAAAAUGCAUACAAUCAGAAAGGUUUGCUUUGAUUGUCUCUUUAUAGUUAGUAAACACUGAAAAUACCAUUUACAUCACACAACUGUACAAGUCAAUUUGAAUUAUGUAAAUAUAUGUAUUGGAAUUGUGCAAUUUUUAGUUUUCUAGAGUAAAGAUUUUAAACUGUUGAUACUUUAAAUUGGGUUUGUAAUGUGUACAGAAGUUGAUACCAUAUAGAUAUUUAGUUUGGUUUUGUCCAAUAGAGUAGCACAGGGUAAAGAAUAGGUUAGAGUAGUAGCAUUGUGAAGAAUGGAUGUGUCAAUAAUGGACAAGAUAAAGACAAUUAACUUCUGAUUGCAUGGGAAUGAAUAAAUGCUUUUCUUGGUUUACAUUUGAUACCAAGAUUGUCAGCCACCAUCGUAUAACAGUUUAAAAUCUGAAAUGUUUUCUUUUGUAAUUACUAAGUUAAAGACAAUCGAUUUAAUCUUUAGUUUUUUAGCAAGUUUGUUUUGAUAUCUCAUAGGGAGUUAGAUUACACACAUAUUCAAACUACAUACAUUUAUCUACUCAACAAUCAUGUAU